AUGCAGGGACGCAAGAAGCCUGUGGUGUUGCUGAGUGGACCACGCGAGGGUAGUGAUGCUGAGCAACACGCGGGUGACUGGGUCCAAGAAGGGAGUCCGAAGAUCGAGGUCGAACUGGCUGAGUCACCCAACGUCAAGGGAACGCGACAAAGUUCGGAAUUUCAGCUGUCGCAAAUUGAUCGGCGAUUUGCAAUUGAGCAGCGCUUGGUUAUCGAGCGUGUGAUGGAGCAGUCUGAGUAA